AUGAUUCCAUUGGUCUCAACAACAUACGAUCCUGAACUUCGUCAGUGGUAUGGACCCAGGCGUAAAGAUAUCUAUAGUGAAAAUGCAACGCUUGGUGAAGUUAUCUGUCAUCAGUUGAAGCCAACGCAAAAAAUUAUACAAAUUCAUGAUGGGACAGGUGGAAAAAUGACAUGCGGAGAAUUGUAUCGAAAUGCACAAAUUUUGGCACAACAGCUAAUAAAAAUGAAUAUAAAUGUGGGUGAUAUCAUUGGUCUGUACGGUGGCAACAGCUCACAUGUGGUAACCCUAAUUUUGGCCUCAUUCUUAUGUGGCAGUCCGGUAAAUGCUGUCUAUGCGGGAUUUGAUAAGGAUACUUUGCUUGCCCUUUACGGUGUGACUCGUCCCAAAAUCAUAUUCUGCGAUAUUGAAAAUUAUGAAAACACCCGAUAUGUCAGUAACAAAUUAAAUCUGAACUGUCCAAUAUUUGUUAUGAAUGGUUAUUUGGAAGGAGUGAACAAUAUUAGAGAAUUGCUGAAAUUCGAAGCAGAGACAUAUUUUAGUUACCCCUGCUAUAAUUUACAUGGUAAUGACACGGCCCUGAUAGUUUUUUCUUCUGGUACAACGGGUCCGGCAAAGGGGGUGCUAUGUUCUCAUCGAGCUUUACUAAAUCAGGAGAAUGCACCACACCUGACAACAGACUCCAUUAUGUUCGGUUUCAGUCCCAUGUAUUGGAUAUCGGGUAUAUGGACUUUGAUCACCUCCCUACUCAAUGUGUGUUGUCGUAUUGUUACCGAGAACAAUUUUACGCCCAACUAUUUUCUUCAUUUGGUGGAGAAACAUAAAAUCACUCAUGUCGUAAUGAAUGCCACAUCGAGUGAAAGACCUGGUUUAAUGGUCGCCUAUGGUAUGUCCGAGCUAGGUGGUUUGACAACAAUGAAUGGCAUCGCGGCAAAGCAACGUAAAUUGGGAACAAUUGGACAGUUGGUUAGUAAUCGUGUCGUACGUAUUAUCGAUGAGGAGGGCAAACCCUUAUGUCCCAAUCAGAUGGGCCAAAUUUGUGUGCAAUUACCACAAAAUUUUUGGAAAGGUUAUUACAACAAUGAAGCUGAGACAAGAAAAGCUUUGCGGGGCAAUUGGUUGCAUACCGGCGAUAUUGGCCAUUUCGAUUCUGAAGGGUUUCUCCACUUUUGCAGUCGUGGCAAUGAUGUCUUCAAAUCAAAUAAUUUUCAAAUUUAUCCACAAAUUUUAGAGGAUUUAAUUUUGAAAUUGCCGGGUGUCUAUGAUAUCUGUAUUGUGGGUAUACCCGAUAUGGUGGCUACGAAUUUAACAGCUGCCGCUAUUGUCCAAAUACGUGAUGGAGGUCGUCGGUUGACCGCAAAAGAUAUAGAUGAUCAUGUCAAAACCAAUAUUGCCGAAAUGUAUUAUCUGCGUGGUGGAAUUUAUUUCUUUGAUGCUCUACCAAAAUCUGCAACUGGAAAGAUGUUAAGAGCAAAAUUUUUGGAAAUGGUUCUGGCAAAAAAGGGGCAGAAUCGUUUUUAG